UUUAUAACCAGGUGACGGUCCCGAGAUGGCGAGUGAAGCAACUGCGGGCCUAGUGCCGAGAAGCGGGAAGCAGGUGAAGUACAACGAUAGUCGGGCAACCCCGCCUUCUAGCCUUCAUCGAUCAGACACCGCAUUCCCUUGGGCAUGAUAGUUCAGCCUGUUAAUGGCUUUGCUUUCUUUUCGAGAAGGUUCAGAUCACCUUAGCAUCCACAGCUGAUCAGCACUCACCGCCGCUGCGGAGACAGAAGUCUCGAUAUAAGUUUCUUCGAAAAACUAUAAGGACCUCUGAUAAGAUAGCCAGAGGGGCAGUGACGCUAACGACACCGGUGGCAAAAGUAUUACAAUGGCCGUUUGAUGGUACGUGAUCCAGAAAAUCACAGUGAGCAAUUAUUGAUUUACUUGGGAUAUGGUCGAAAAUUCACAGGCAUGCAGCCAUGAUCAAUUACAUCUCAUGCUUAUGUGGCCGUGUUGAACAGGAAGUCUUGUUGCAGCAGGAGGCGGAUCCCUCAGUCCUCCGUCUAUGCCAUUGCGACGACUGUCGAUCAGUCACCGGCUUAUUGUUCUCAUCUUACCUCAUUCUGCAGUCUUCUCCAGAGACCUUCGACGGGCUCAUUAAGUACGAACAAUCCGAUGAUAUCAACCGCUGGUUCUGUGGAAUCUGUGGCGCCCACGUCUUUGUUCAGCUGAAAGACAAAGGUCUCUAUCUGAUUGCCUCGGGGUUAUUGAAAAAGACAUUAUGCACUGAGUUAGUGCAACAUUGGGGCAUUGAUGACACUCGCGAUGGGGGUCUAAGCCCGUCUCUCCCGGGCGUAGAAGCUACCGACCAAGUCUGUUGGGCCAAAAGCGGCCAAACACACCCCCAAGCGGUUCCUCAAAGAGAGCCUCGGCCAUUAAACCACGAAAAACGUGAACAUCACUCAGAGACGGAUAACAAACUGCUCGCGUGCUGUCACUGCCGCGGUGUCCAAUUUUAUGUAACUGCUCCAGAUGCCUCCUCGUUCGAUGCUUCGUCUCCGUGGCCAGACCUACUCGUACCUUAUCAUUCUGCAUCAUCAGAAAACCCAGGAGACGUGAAGUGGUGGCUCAGGUGCCAAGCAACGAAAUACCUAGCUGGAACUUGCGCGUGCAAUUCAUGCCGGCUGGCUAGCGGAUUCCCUGUACAGACUUGGGCAUUUAUUCCAAAGUCAAAUAUAUUCACUUCAGAUGGUUCGCCCUUAACAUUCGAUAUGAAGACUAUGCAGCGCUACGAGAGUUCUCCACGAAUAUACCGGGAGUUCUGCAACAGAUGUGGUGCCACGCUAUUCUGGCACUGUGAACAAAGACCCAGGGUGAUCGACGUAAGCGCGGGACUAUUCAGGGCGAAAAGUGGUGCCAGAGCGAAUGAGUGGUUAGAAUGGGCCACCGGAAGAGUGAGCUUCGCAGAAGAAGCUCCAGACAGGACGCUUAUCCAGACAUUAGAGACUGGACUGAGGGCUUGGGCAGGGCAGGUUACUUCAAAUUAGACAUCCUUUC